UCAGUUCGGACGCACUUUUCUCAUAAAUAAGGGGGAAAAUGUUUAAAAGGUUAAAUUCUACAAUCUAUAUCUUACUUAUGUUACUUACUUAUGUUAACUUUUGAAGUUGUAGCUUCACGCCUGUCAUGGACAACCAAGGUCAGUCACUUCUUCCUCUUCUUCUACUCCAUCUCUAGAGAGAGGAGGAUGAGGGUUAGAUCGAACUACAGUGGCCAUACUGUUUUUUGAGGCUUCAUUUGUUCCGGGGAAUGAAGGUUAAUCUGGGAGAGUUUUAAGAAACCUGUUGAGGGCUGUUUUAAACUUUAAACUGGACAUGAAGUGAUGCUUCUUAGAGACUUGGGCAGGGCGUUGAAGGGUCUUGGAGCUUGAUAAACGGAAGCUGUUGUGUAGUUUAGCGAAGCUUGUAGAAUUGUUCAGCACGGGUGGUAGUUGAAAUAAACGCCCUUUUCUUUGUGUUGCAUGGGUGGGUGAUGGUUUGGGACAAUUCCUUCAGCUAUUUUCCAAUUGUAUGGCUUGAUAGUGUUCACAUUGUUGUUGUAUAAGUACAGUUUAAGCUGUUUAAAUGCGUUUUUGUAAGUCAUUCUGUGUACACAGUUGAUCUUUUUCAGGUAGCUCCAUUGCAGAGCUUCUAGUACCUUGAUUUGUCCUUUACUAGCAGGAGACCAGGGUUGAGAGAAGUACUCGAAUCUAGGGAUGACAAGGGAUUUCCAUAGUGGUAGGAGAACUUCUGGUGAUCACGAUCAAAAGAGUCAAAGGAUUGUAUUUUGGAUGUAUUUUUUACGAUUUUAUUUAUAUGCGAUUUGAAGGUAGCAUCUGUCAUUAGUAUUCCAAGAUCUUUGGUUUGUGGUUUUGGUUGGAUUUGUGUUGAUGCUGUUGUUUUGUACUUUGACUUCAGAUCUAGGUCUUUUCCAUACUGCAGGAGCUUAAAACUUUGUAUUGUUGAAUAUCAUGUUGUUUUGUUUACUCCAUUCGUAGACUGAGUUUAGGUCCGCUUGCAUUUUUUCAAUGUCACUUUCAGAGCUAACCUUCAUUGUAAGUCUUGUAUCAUCUGCAAAGCCUGAGAGGGAUCCGUUCUUUACAGAAAGAUCAAUAUCCCCCAUAAGGAUAAGGAAGAUGAGCGAUCCAAGCACACUUCCUUGUGGUAAGCGGGAUAUGACUUGUGUGGUGCGUGAGUGGUGAUCGUUUACUGAGAUGUACUGGGUUCUGUUUUGUUAGGAAGGACUUCAGCCAUUUGAGUAGUUUGCCUUUGAUACUUAAGUUUUCUAUCUUUUUAAGGGCUAUAUAUGUCUAUAUCGACCUUGUCAAACACUUUUGCGAAAUCCAAGUAUACAACAUCAGCGUUUGAGUUGUUGCAGAGUAUUUGUAGAAUAUUGUCGAAAUGGUCAAGAAGCUGGCUCAGACAUGACCGUCCACCAAGAAAACCAUGUUGUGAGCUGUUGAACAGGUUAUUUUCUUCCAUGAGUGACACAAUUUGAUUUCGGACAAUCUUUUUGAAGACCUUUAUGAUGUGAGAAGUUAGGGCAAUUGGGUGGUAGUUUUCAGCUUUAGUUUUGCUUCCACUCUUGUUUUUUGGUGUUAUUAUUACUCUGGUUAGUGUGUCUGGAAUGGUUCCUUCUUCAAAUGAUUUGGUCCAAAUCAGCUAGUGGUGGCAGUGAUGAUGAUGAUGAUAGUGAUGAUUCAAGGAUGGCAACAAAAAGCAGAAUUGUAGGACAUUCUAUAUAAAAUUUAAAGUCUAAGUAAACUGUAAGUCUGUAAGUAGUAAGAAUAUUGCAUCUGUUGUACGACACCCUGAAACAUAACCAAAUUGUAUCAUAUUUAUAUCAAUUUUUUUUCUAAAUAACUUAUCAACCACUCUUUCAAUAACUUUCUUUACCUCAUGAACGUACUUCACCCCUCUAUAAUUAACUCUGUUUAAUGUAUCACGGUUGUCCUUGAAACAAUUGACCAUUACACUUGACUGCCUGUCAUUAGGAAUAACACCAUCCUUUGUGUUUUGGUUGACAAGACUUGUAAUAAGCUCAACUGCAGUAUAUCCAGACACUUUUUCAAUUUCUGCAACAACACCUGACAAUCCUCUACUACCCAUUCUAUCUAGAUCUGCAUAGUUGUUCCCUCUACUGCAUCAUGGUAAAUGAUCCUCAUUGGAUAAAACUUAGUGUUAGCUACAAGAACUCUUCCAAGUCUUUUCUCCUUGUCUGCACUAGCUAAGAUGCAUACUGGUAUUCCCUUCUUAACACAUCCGCAAUAAAUCUAGAUUUUUUUUAUUACCACCUCACUCUAUCCAAUAUAUCAUCAAACUUAUAUACACUUGUCAACCUCAUUUUUUUACCACUAUGUUUAUCUAUAUCUCACUGGCCCUUUUGUCCGCACCCAUCAAAAGCUUUAUAGAAGACAAUUCUUAUUUUGUUUAUUUUAUAGCAUAUCUUAAAGUUGUUUAAUACAAUUAAUGUUUUUCUGUAUAUUUAUAAUUGUGAGAUAAAAAACUGAUUCAGUUGUUUUACUUGAAUAUUUGUUUUAUUUACCUUUUUGGUUCAUAAAAUUCUGGUUCAUAUGUAAUUUUAGAUGAAAUCGAAUCCUAAAAUAAUGUUUUAUCACCUUUAGAACUAUCAUGUCAUUGAAAAAAUAUUUAAUGCACAUCUUAUAUCCUUAGAUCUGUGAUAUAAUAUUUGAUCAGAUUGUAAUGGAGAAAAAUAAAGAUGUUGAUAAACCAUUAGAGAGUUUUGAAUGUUCACAAUGUCAAAAUAAGUACAAAUACGACAAAUUUUCAAAAUACAAAGAUGAAAAAUCAAACUUUUACAUCCUUGAAGAUGUAUACUACAUAAAAGACCCUUUUGCUCACAAGAGUUUUAUCCCGUUGGUACUUGGUGGUAUCUGUUCAUUGUGCAUGAAAGCAGUUUGUGUGGAUCAAAAAUGUAGCAUUUUCUACACCAAAAGAUACUGUUUAACCUGUGUCCAAGAAAACAUAGAAUCCUUUCCUAAAGAAGUUCUCUGAUUGUUUAAAAUAGAAUUAAGCAAUCACUUUAAAAAGAUAAAAACAUUAACACCCUUCACUUUUUGCAAUAUAUAUUUAUAAUGCUUUCGAAGUGUGCAAUGACGAUCAGCUUGUUUUUGUAAUUUUUUUAACUUGUGACGUAACAGUUGAAAAAAACAGAUGCUCUUGUAUGGUUUUUUGUAUGUUGUGUUUUGAGAGAAAAAUGGUUGUUAACUUAUAAAUGUGACAUGGUCAGUGCUUGUUCUUGCUUAGAGAUGCCGUUUAUACAAAAAAAUGUUGUGUUGUUUGUGGCAUUGUUUUGUUGUUUUUGCUGCAGUGCCAUUCUGUUGUUUUAAUGCUAAUAUUUUAUAUGUAAUUCUAUAGACAUAAAUAAUGGACGAUUCUUUUGGGAUUCCAAAUCUUGUGUCUGAUUCAGAUUCGGAUCAUCGUGGUUCUUCUGGUCACUCGAUGCCGGAAUUUUCAUCUGAAUCUGAAGGUGAAGAAGGUGAAUUUAAUAUGAGUCACCACUUGCAAAAUCCAUCUUUUUUAAGCAAUAAUGCUAUGAUGUCAGAGGAAGUUCAAAACACUGGAGACAAUGUUUUUCAACAGUUGCCACAACAAUCAGGAACAGAUGAUGAGGAUGAUUCAGGAUGGAGUACAGUUGAUGAUUCCUCAACAGAUGCUUCCGACACGUCAGAUUUCGAUGACAGUUUUUCAGUACCCUCAGAAGAUUCUUCAGUAGCAGAUGAUGAUGAAUUCAGUGUGUUUGAGAUGUUAUAUGAUAGAAUAAUGGACAGUCUACAAGAAGAGGAGGAGAAAGACUCUCCUACACCACAACAUAUCUUGGAAUCAUUACCAUCUGUAAAAGUCACUAUCGCACAAGUUGCUUCCAGUUUAUCGUGUUGCAUUUGUUUUGGUGAAUACGUUUUAAACGAACAGCUUCUACAAUUACCUUGCACUCAUUUUUAUCAUAACGCAUGUAUCUUAAACUGGCUUAAAAUUAAAUCAACAUGUCCUACUUGUCGGUUAGAUUUAGCAACAGAAAAGUUUUCAAACCAUACUGAAGCGAGCACGAAUUCACCUGCGAAUAACCAACAUGAUUCUGCUGGUUCACUGAACUUUCAAAAUAUACAGGGUAAUUUUAAUACAGAACUUCUGACGAGAACAAUAUCUUCAAGUACAUCAGGGACUACAAACGGUACUGAAGAUCCAACCAGUAACCGAAAUAACGUUGUACAUGAAACGUCACUAUUAUGUGAAAAUGAACUUGAAAAUUUACAGUCCUUUGCUGGAUCCAGUAGUCGGGCUGGGACUUCUGAAACAAGUGAACAAAAAGUGCAUACACCAAGUGGUAGACGUAAAAAUAAUACAAGCAAAGAACCUAAGAGGUUAUCUAGAGAGACAGAAAUAUGGUAACGAGUUGGAAUUAGGUUUACGAGCGUAUAAUUGUCGCAAAACAAGGAGGUGUUUCGUAAAAGAGAAAAUGAGCCAGUCCGUAAAAUGUGUCCAACACAUCCAUUAGCUUAGAUAAUUUCUUCUUUUUUUCGAAUAGAAAUAAUUUAUAGAGACAUUUUUGUGUUGAUAUUUUAUUCUUAAAAAUACGCGAAAAUUUUCAGGCUAUCUGUUUCUCGCUUUGGGAGUUAUAUUGAAAUCUCAAAAAAACCCGUUUGUAAUGACCUCUAUUUAAAAAGUAUUAGGUCAGCCAGUGACAUUUCAGUGACAUUUCCCAACCCACCCUACUGAUUCCACUCAACACAAUAUUUAAGCACAGAAAGACAGUAGGAGGUAGAAAUCAUACCUUUCUGUUGUCAAUUUGUUGCAUAGGUAGAGUGUUGUUUUUAUUGUUUUUUUUUAUUGUAAAAUAACUUUAUUUUGUACGUACACGCAAUUGCACUUUCGAAAAGGUAUUUAUUUAUUGCUUUUUCAAGAGUUAACAUUUUUACUUGAUUGUCAGAAAGAGAAAACAGCAUGGGUCGA